AUGGAGCUGUCUAACGGAGACGCGUGUUUAAAAUGGUUGUACUCGUUAUAUUUCUUGAAGAGUUCAGUGUUUAGGACAAAUGUGAAAGAUGAGCGAACACUUUACGAAGAGACACGUGAGGCCAAAGAACUCUUGCAGUCACUAGGAGGCAAAAUAGAUAUGCUGAAAGCCCUUUCUUCAAAAUUGGCUUCCCGGAGAGAACAACAGAAUGCUCGUGAAAAUUGUGAACGUCAUAAAAAAGAAUUGAUUGAAAAUCAGAAACAACUGAGGUCUGCCGCCAUCAGAGCAAGGAAGGCUAUCAAUGAAUCUGCGCGUUCCUCACUACUCGAAGGGGGUACCUCUGAAGCAAAGUCCAAAAAAUUUAAUAUGGAUGAGAAGAACCUAAAGGAUAAUGCUGUUAAGACAACAGAACGCUUGUCAGAUCUGUUAUCGAAGAUGGGUGAUCGUGUAGCGCAGAGCGAACAAACUAUGGACAGUUUGAUUCAUUCGAGUUCGGUUCUCGUUCAGACUCAUACAGAAUUCGAAAGUCAUGCUGGACAUAUAAAGGUAAUUUCAUUUGUUUGA